CCGAGGGCGGGCCGCGCGCGCCGCCUCAGGAACCGUCACCAUUGCUGGGACCUGAUAAGGAACCUGUGCCAGUUCCCGGGGCACCUCUUCUCACGGUCUUGGCUACAACCAGUCUCCAAAGUGUGACAGCUUCUCCGCGGCAGCCAUGGGGUCUGAGGAUCAUGGGGCCCAGAACCCGAGCUGUAAAAUCAUGAAGUUUCGCCCAACCAUGGAGGAAUUUAAGGACUUCAACAAAUACGUGGCCUACAUCGAGUCCCAGGGAGCCCAGCGGGCGGGCCUGGCCAAGAUCAUUCCCCCAAAGGAGUGGAAGCCCUGGCAGACGUACGAUGACAUCGAUGAUGUGGUCAUCCCGGCACCCAUCCAGCAGGUGGUCACGGGCCAGUCAGGCCUCUUCACACAGUACAACAUCCAGAAAAAGGCCAUGACUGUCGGGGAGUACUGCCGCCUGGCCAACAGCGAGAAGUACUGUACGCCGCGGCACCAGGACUUCGAUGACCUGGAGCGCAAGUACUGGAAGAACCUGACCUUCGUGUCCCCAGUCUACGGGGCAGACAUCAGCGGCUCUCUGUACGACGACGAUGUGGCCCAGUGGAACAUUCCGGAGCCUAAUUAA